CACACACACACACACACACAGGGAGAGAAAGACCGACCGCGGUUCAGACGCUUUGUUAUUACACUCUCUGUCAGUGAUCUUUAUAGACCUCAUAUCACGCGCGGGCUGACAUGUCGCCGUUUCCCGCCAUCUGACAGGAGUAUCGAGGUUCGCAAUGAUCGUUGCAUGAUCGCGCGGUGUGUGUUAUAUUUUAUUUUGAUGCGGUGGUGUUGUAAUAUCUCUGAGCGGUGUAUGGUGCAUCUGCCAUCUGGACUAUCACCGCUAGCUCGCUAGCAUAAGGCUAGCUGAAAAUAAUAAUAAUAAAAAAACAGGUGACUGAGGAGGAAUCAAAUCCUGUUUCCAUGGACAACACGUCCAUUAUUACCCAGGUCGCAAAUCCAAAGGAGGAAGAGAUCCUUUCUUCAUGUCAGGAAAAAGUCUCCCAGUCCAACAGCAGUUUAAAGAAACAGAGGAACAGAAGUAUCUUUAGUCCCUUCUUCUGCUGUUUCCGGGACUAUAAUGUGGAACCUCCAGCCUCCAACAUCAAGACCUGCAGCCUUCCUCCACCUGCAGAGGAGAACAGCAGCCCUCCAAAGUUUGAUCAGGUCCAGGUCAUCCCUUUUCCCAGUCCUCCAGCCAAAUACCUCCUGCCUGAGGUCAGCAUUAAUGACUACAGCAAGAACUGUGUGGUGAUCGAUCUGGAUGAGACCCUCGUGCACAGCUCCUUCAAGCCCAUCAGCAACGCAGACUUUAUAGUCCCUGUGGAGAUUGAUGGAACAGUUCAUCAGGUCUACGUGUUGAAGAGGCCUCAUGUGGAUGAGUUUCUGCAGAAAAUGGGCAAACUCUUUGAAUGUGUUCUUUUCACAGCCAGCUUAGCAAAGUAUGCUGACCCUGUAGCAGACCUGUUGGACCAGUGGGGUGUAUUCAGGGCACGGCUUUUCAGGGAAUCCUGUGUGUUCCACCGGGGAAACUACGUCAAAGACCUCAGCCGACUGGGCAGAGAGCUCAACAAAGUCAUAAUAGUAGACAACUCACCUGCCUCUUACAUCUUCCAUCCAGAGAACGCUGUGCCAGUGCAGUCGUGGUUUGAUGACAUGACCGACACUGAGCUGCUGGAUUUACUGCCACUGUUUGAAGGCCUGAGCAGAGAGAAGGACGUUUACAGUGUGUUACAGAACCUGAGGGCUAGGUAGCACACUGGUCCAGAACUGCCUGGCUUAACUUUACCACACAAACAAAACCGAAACCCGUCUCAGGCCAAGCCACAUUCACCAAGCAAAGGAGAAAAUAACCUCUACUCCAGGGGUGUCAAACUCAGUUCCUGGAGGGCCACAGCCCUGCAGAGUUUAGUUCCAGCCCUGCUCCAAAAUGCCUCCUUGUAAUCUUCAAGCACUCCUGAAGACCUUGAUUAGCUGCUUCAGGUGUUUAAUUAGGGUUGGAGCUAAACUCUGCUGGACUGUGGCCCUCCAGGAACCGAGUUUGACACCCCUGCAGUCUACUUCAUCCGGCUCACUCUAUGGACAAAACCUUCCUGUGAUGUCCACCCUCAAUGGACCAGUGGCCAAUAAUGUUCCUUGGCAAGCAAAUAUAUACUCUCAGUUUCUAAUUUUGAUGCAGAAUGAAGAAAACAAGCAAACAAAAAUAAUUUUAUAAUAGAAGAGUUUACUAUCCUUGAGUUCUAUAUAUUUACCAGAAAAAAGAACACCAAAAAAAAAAAAAACAAGACAAACUAUAUUUUUCUGGACGGGUGAAAGGACUCUUUUGAACUAUUCUGUUCAGGCUAUGCAGGCAGUCUUUUCCGCAUCAACAGUAGUUACAACAACUGUGAUUUUUUUUUCUCCUUCUCUCUUACCAAAUGAAGUGCCUUAUGACUGUUUUUAUGAGGACAGAAAUUAGUUUUUUGUAUGCUGCAUAUUUACUAUGAUUUUGAAAACUUUAAACAAAUGUACACGGGAAAAA